GUCAGUGGAGGACAGGCAGCUGAGAAAGAAGAAGGGGGCAGCCAGGCAGGCACGUUGGAAAUGCUUUCACAAGUUACUGCUGCGUGAGAGACCGAGGAUUAAUUGGCCUCUGGAAUAAAGGAAGGCAUGGAAGGGUGACUGGACAUCGAUUACAGGACACCGAGCCGAUGAACUAGAUGCCUGUUUUUUAGAAAAUCCGGGGCUCGGAAGUAGCCUGGCGCUCUGAUGAUUUAAACACACUUCUGAGCUCUCCGGUUGCUUCUGUGAACGGGCAGUUGGGCGGCUGUUGACCGUGUUUAGAGAGUUUGACCAACCUGAGCUGAGGAGCAAAGUAAUCAACAUGACCGUGGCCAAUGCAAAGUCUGGUUCAGCCAUGCAGCAGGUUCUUGACAACCUUAAAGACAUGCCAUCAGGAACUGGAGCCAAAGAUAUUGACCUCAUCUUCCUCAAAGGCAUCAUGGAGAGCCCCAUCGUCCGUUCUCUUGCUAAGGCCCAUGAGCGGCUUGAGGAAGUCAAGCUAAAGGCCGUGGGGGACGACAACGUUCAGCUGGUCAGAGAGAUCUUGGAUUCUCUCAACAACCUGGAAGAACAAGAUUCUGCUGCUGCUGAGCUGGCCAGAAUCCUCCAGGAACCUCACUUUAAGUCUUUAAUAGAAGCGCAUGACAAAGUGGCUGCAAAGUCCUAUGAAAUGCCUAACGCCACGGCUGACAGCAAUUUCCUCUCGUCGAGUUCCCUAAUGCCGGCCGAUGCUGUGAGGAUGAUCGGUGUCCAGAAAAAGGUCGGGGAACCUUUGGGAGUGACGUUCCGUGUGGUGAACGGGGAGAUGGUGAUCACACGGAUCCUGCACGGCAGCUCCAUCGAUAGGCAGGGCAUGCUGCACACGGGGGAUGUUAUCCGUGAGGUCAAUGGUCAGGAAGUCGGCAGUAACCCCCAGGAACUCCAGGAACUGCUGAGAAACUGCAGCGGGAGCGUCACGCUCAAGGUCCUGCCGAGCUACAAAGACACACCUGCACCCCCACAGAUUUAUCUGAAGCCAUUCUUCAGCUACAACCCAGCCACAGAUAACCUGAUCCCUUGUAAAGAGGCAGGGCUGGCCUUUGCUAAAGGAGACAUACUUCAUGUCGUCAACAAGGAGGACCCCAACUGGUGGCAGGCAUGCAAAGUGGUUGGUGGAGCUACUGGCCUGAUUCCCAGUCAGUUGUUGGAGGAGAAGAGAAAAGCUUUUGUGAAAAGAGAUUGGGGCACCGCUAGUACAGGGAUGCUCUGUGGGACCCUGACUGCAAAGAAAAAGAAGAAAAAAAUGAUGUACCUCACUGCUAAGAAUGCAGAGUUUGACCGUUAUGAGCUGCAGAUCUACGAGGAAGUGGCCAGGAUGCCCCCGUUUCGGAGGAAAACGCUGGUUCUGAUCGGAGCCCAGGGGGUUGGAAGGAGGAGUUUGAAGAACCGCCUUGUUGUUAUGAAUCCCCUGAGAUACGGAGCCACCGUCCCCUUUACGUCACGCCAUCCUAGAGAAGAGGAGAAAGAUGGGCAGAACUAUUGUUUCAUGACUCGGGAGGAGAUGGAGCGGGACAUCAAGGAGAGCCGAUACCUGGAGCACGGCGAGUACGACGGGAACCUCUAUGGCACCAAGAUCGACUCCAUCCAUGAGGUGGUGGAGGCUGGCCGUACAUGCAUCCUGGACGUGAACCCUCAGGCCCUGAAAGUGUUGAAGACUGCAGAGUUUAUGCCGUUCGUGGUGUUUAUUGCUGCUCCUGAGCUGGACACGCUAAGAGACAUGCACAAAGCUGUGGUCGACGCCGGACUCACUACCAAAAUACUCACGGAGAACGAUUUAAAGAAGACCGUAGAUGAGAGCGCCAAGAUCCGUCGGGUGUACAGCCACUACUUUGACCUGACUAUAAUCAAUGACAAUCUGGACAAGGCGUUCGACAAGCUGCAAGACGCUGUGGAGCGGUUAUUCGAGGAGCCGCAGUGGGUUCCAGUCAGCUGGGUGUACUGAAGUUCCUCAUCCUACUGGACCGGACACUGUCUGAGCCGCCAGGCCCGAGAUUCCAUAUAAUUUUUAAAACUGUGCUGCACCCAGGAAGUGUGGGAAACAUCCUCGUGGUACAAAGCUGCAUCCGUCACCUUAAUCUGAUUCGCCAGUUUUUUUUUCCAACACACUAUGCAACGUGGGGAAAAAACAGGAAGUGUACUUAUUCAGCGGCAAAAAGUUGUUUUAGAUAAUAUUUCUAUUUAAAUGAAUGAGGCUUUUUGUCAGACUGCUUUUAAUCAGCUUUAAGUUUGUCGACUUUCACAUCUAUAGAAGUAAGUUGUAUUUAUUCAGUUAAAAGGAGGGCUCUUUCAAAGAAAAGCAUGUGAUACCUCAGUGUAACGUUUACAGUGUACAAGUGUCCACUGUUUCAAGUCAUUGUCACUACAAACUUUCAUCAUUUUUCUGUGACAUUUAUAGCUCCUGACCGCUAAAAUGUACUCCCCUACAUUAUAUAGCUCGGUGUUGUCCCUCCGAUCACUGUUUAAAGUUGCACAGAAAGCGAAGCAAUACUGUAGUGUUUACCCAGUGUUCACCAAAGCACAAAAACCAUUAUGAAUAAUGCUUUAUGAAUAAUGCUAAGUGUCUGAGAGGUAUUUCAGAGUCAGAUUCGGUGCUGUGUUUGUGUUCAGAAGAGAAGAAGAAAACUCACCAAGGACUCUUGAAGAGGCUUACUUCAUCUCAGCAAACGAUCCCUUUCGAUGUGAUAAUACUAAGACUUAACAGUUUGAAUAAUUUUCAGAUUUACUUAUAAACGGUAUAUUUUACUAUAUUUCGGAUAAGAUGUAUUUUCAGAUGUUUAAUAAAAUAACAGGUGUUUUGUAAUGAUCUGAUUUGUUUCUCUUCAGUAAAAAUCCUCUUGUUCAGUGAGUAA